GCCCCACUCUUUUUUGUUGCAGUGCGCAGCAAUUCGCUAAAUUUUCUACAUUGAUGUUCUAAGAUUGUGUUAGACAGGUGUAGUUGUGCCCGUGCAAUAUAAUUAAAGUGGAGUUAAUUGAGUGACUUAAGUCGUUAUUGUUUGAGCUAAAAGUGCAAUUGGCCCAAGUAUUGUGAACUGUCAAACCGAAUUUGUUACAAAACCGUCGACCGGUCUGUAAACUGAGCUGUCAUCCUGUUGUCAUUGUCAUUAACUCCGAAAAACCCCCCGAUGAUGAAAUUUGUGAGACAAAACCAUUGCAAGAAGCUCUCAGUUUGACGAAAAUGCCGAGACUCCCGUGACUAUGCCCCUCGCAGUAGCGGACCACUUUAUUUUCGCCUCCCACAAUUUUUAGGUUAAGUUGUGAACAGUGUAAAAACUUUGGAUUUGAAAAUGCUCUCGUUGAAGAAAGUGUACAGGGACGAACUUUUGCAAAUCGCCCUCAUCUUGAGCCUGCUGCGGGGCAACAGUGGGCCCUAUUUAGAGAACGAUCUCUUCAAUAACACCCCGAAUUACGACUUCGACAACGGGACUAGCUGGAGAUCCCUGACACCGGCCGUUUUGCGCUCACACUUCGUCCACCCCAAGAGUCUCGACUCAGUUUUGCUGAAUUACGAGCGGGAAUUGUUCGCCGACUUGAAUUUGCUGGGGCGCUACAACCGAGACAGCUACAGACACCCCGAUGUCACCGCCUAUUUGCUCAAUAUCGAGCGGGCGACAGCCCCCCUGGCCACGCAGGACGCCCCCUCGGACCUCAUCAAUUCGGCCCAGAGCCAGAACGAGGAGAGCGCAAGCCCCGCUGAAGCCGCCACAGCCCCCAUUGACGUUGGACUCGAACUCACUCAGGAGGAUAUGGAUCUGAUUGAAGUCCUGUGGAAGCAAGACGUGGACUUGGGUUUUUCCCUGGACGUGGCGAAUGGGAAGGCGGACAAACCGGACGCAGAUCUGCAAAAUGGCUCUCCAUCUUCCUCAAUUUCUAUGGAAAAUGACGAGAUUGAAAAGCUGAAGACUCUGAAAGCCAUCAAUGACGACAACAUCAAAGAGGAGCCUGAGAAUGAGCUGGCCGAUCCUUGGGCAGGCUUCAACUACACCAUAGACACCGAAACAGGGGAGUAUGUAGUAAAGGCCGAGGAAUUAUCAGAGUCUUUGACUGGAGCGGAUUGUGGCCCCUCGUGUGAUUUACCACUAGGGGACCUUUCAUUGCCGCUCCCAGAGUUUCUCCUUGACGAAGCUCUUCGUCUUGUCGAAUUAGACGACACACCCCAAGAGGCCAUUAAUGUUAAAGAGCUUGAAAAUCUCGCCGAAGGAACUAACGAAACUGAACCGUCGACUAGCGCGCCAAAAGCCAGCGAGACACCUUCAAGUUCGAAGGAUUCUGACGACGAUUUAAGCAUCCUCACCGACAUGAUACAGACGUCGCAAUUCCACCAUCCCCAUCACAGGGCUUUCCAGGGCCGUAUGCCUUUCGUGCGCACUGUGAGCAUGGAGCAGCGAUGGCAGGACUUGGCGAACUUGCUGAGUCUUCCUAGUCCGGGCGACACCAGCGGCAUGCCGCACCCCUUCAGCCACCACCACCCCCUGCACAAUUACAGCCACCCCCAUGCCCACGGCAUGGCGUACAGUCCGGAGGCAACCAGGGGGGUGCUUUUACACAACGCGACCUUAACACCCCCCAUGGGAGACAUAAACGCCACAGUGCCAUACAAUAAUAUCGGUAAGUCGGUUUUGACUCGACUUAAGUUUUUAUUACUUAAUCCAGUGUUCUUAGGUGGCACGAACUUGGGCAAUGCCGUUGCCACUUCAAUGAACCUUACGAACAGCAGCGAACCAAUGGGCGAACCGAAUUCGGCACCCCAUUACAAGCUCGAGCCGUCGCACGAUAUGAUGUAUUACCAGAAUAGUACAACUGAGCUUAAUCAGACUGAUGGGUUUUUGUCCUCGUUUUUGAACGAUGAGGACCUGCAGCUUAUGGACAUGGCAAUGAAUGAAGGCAUGUACACAAUGCGUAUGUUAGAUAGCAACAACGCUGUGAGCAAUUUAAGCAUGAACGGGGCCACGGGCACCACCACAUCCCUGUCCCGGACGGAUGUAGAGAGGAUGGACACCUCCAGCGACAGCGCUGUGAGCUCCAUGGGCUCUGAGAGAGUACCAUCGCUAUCAGAUGGCGAGUGGUGCGACGGCGGUUCCGAUUCCGGACACACAGCAGGGGAUCACUACGUCACAGACUAUCAUCAAACAAAAUACAGACCGUACGAUUACAGCUAUACGAGUCGGCAACAUGCGAGCGCCCUGGCAGCCGCCUCAGAUGCCACCCGAAUGCCGCCCGUUGCCCAAAAGAAACACCAAAUGUUCGGAAAACGAUACCUUCAAGAGCAGGGCGCAACGAGCGCUGUGUCCCACCAGCCCCCCGUCAAAUACGAGUACCGCGACCCCACGGCAGCCCCCUACAACAGCUCCCAGCCGGAGGGGGCCGUGGGUCCCAAACCCUCCGAAAUGAAGUACUCGUGUUCGAUGGAGUUCGGGAGACACAGCCACUUGGUGAGAAACUCCCUCGACCACAUCCAGCACAACCAUACGUACCACCUGCCCACUGAAAGUACGGGGGCAAUGCAACGUCCAGUUUCGCGCGACAAAACCAAGUCGAAGAAGGGUGACGAGGAGCAUUUGACGAGAGAUGAGAAGCGAGCUCGUGCCUUGAACGUUCCGAUCACCGUCGAUGAUAUUAUUAACUUGCCGAUGGACGAAUUCAACGAACGCUUGUCCAAGUACGACCUGAGCGAGCCGCAGUUGAGCUUGAUUCGCGAUAUCCGCCGUCGCGGCAAGAACAAAGUGGCGGCUCAGAACUGCAGGAAGCGCAAGCUGGACCAGAUUUUGAGUCUGGCUGACGAGGUCAAAGAUAUGCGAGAUAGGAAAAUGCGGCUCAUGAACGAGCAUGAGUAUGUCACCGGCGAGUGUCAGCGCAUGAAAGACAAGUACCAGCAGCUAUACAGACACGUUUUUCAAAAUUUGCGGGAUCCGGAUGGGAAUCAAUACUCGCCGUACCAAUACAGUCUUCAGACGUCUGCAGAUGGGUCGAUAUUGGUCGUCCCUCGGUCCAACUCGACAAUGACGAAUCCAGAACACAAGGAGCCACCACCUCAAGGUCACAAAGAUUGAACUGUUGACUAGUUUUAUAUGCAUACAUUUUUGAUGUAACACUUUAAAGAAAGUUCCAUUUCUCACGGCAAACGUUGCUCAAACAUUAUUUUUAUACGCAUUGAUUUUGGAAAAGUUUUACUGUAUACAAAAACAGUUUGAUUUAACGGGCAUUUAAACGAAGAGUUGGUGCUGAGAAAAACAUUUUCUAUUGAUUUGUAUCUGGGUUAAGAAGCUUUGAAAAGUGCUUAUUAAUUUUCUUUGUCUUUAAGCGUUAUUUCACUAUAGAACUACGAUAAUAUAUUUUUCUAAUACAUGAAAAUAUCAGGUGAUGAAUAUGCCUUUUUUUCAUAACAUAUUGUACAUAGUUAUUCUAAGUAAUGGAUGAAUGCGAGUGACUGACGUUAUUGGUGCUAGGAACUGGGAGAUAGUGGAGCUAAUUUUCAUGCCAGUUAGACGUUCUGUAAUCAUCAUUUUUGAAUGAUGGAUGUGAUUUAUUGUAACCACGUUAUUUUAUACAACUGUAGUACCCGUACUUCUUGGUUAUAUUUUACUUAGUUAUAACAUCUUCAUUAAAUUACUAGGCUAAUAUUUUUUAUAAAUCGUAUAGGUUUUGUACAUUGUAUAUCUUGUAAGUAGCUUAUUAAGUAUCCCUGUGAAUGUGUAGCAUUUCGUCAAGUGAAUUGCUGGGUUUAAUCUUACAGUUUGUACACUUAACAUUGCUUUUACAAGCAACUUAUAUUUGGUUAUUGGUGCCAAUAAAGAUCUCUACAAUAAACUA